CAAAAACGGUGAAAGCAGGCAGUGUUCUGCUUUAAGAUUCACUGACAUGCCAGCUUACAUGCCAUAUUUGUACAAACUUAUUUUUAACAGCAGAUCUUCAAAAUGUUUAGAACAUAUAAUUUUUGGUUAGAGGGUAAAGCAUAAUGCCUUUUAGUAUGGCUUAUUUUCUGUGCAUGAUGCCUUAAAAUGUGUAAGGAAAAAAAUGACACAAACAGAAAAAAUCUUUUAUUAAAAAAAAAAAAAAAAAAAAAUCUCUUGUGGAGUUUGCUUUCAUCAUUUUACACACACACACAGGACAAACCACAGAGCCACGUUGCAUUGCAGAGGAUUGCAUUGAAGUGGAAAGUGGCUCGAUGUCGCUCUCUGCUGCACGGAGGUAGUUUAUACCACUGCAAUGCACCAAUAUGUGUCCCGGAACCUUGUGUCUUUGUUUUUGUUUCUGUAGGGGAACCAGAAACAGCAAUGAGUGCAGUCUGUUGUUUUAAGACGUUUUAGUCAACCUUACAGCUCACUUUGUCGACAUUUUUACGAGUUAAAGCUUCAUGAAUUAGUGUUAGCAAUGGCGCUCAGACAUUUUCGGACUUUGACACCGAUUUUAAGUGCUGCGUACCAAAGAAAAACUAUCAGCCUGUCGAUAAAAGCGAGUUUAACGCCAGUCAAAUGCUGCAGCACCACAACGAGAGGCGAAGACGCAGGAGCCGCUGUGGGACAGACUGUGGUCACAGAGCGCAGGGGGUCCGUGGUUACCGUGGGGAUAAACCGACCCGAGGUGCGUAAUGCGGUGAACCAGGAGACAGCGAGGCGUCUGCAUGAAGAGCUGGAGGCCUUCGACACUGACCCAGACUUGAACGUGGCUGUCCUGUAUGGGAGAGGAGGGAAUUUCUGCGCUGGUUAUGAUCUGAAAGAGCUGGCCAAUCACACAGCCUCCCUCAAAUUGGAGCAAGAUGUCACCAAGGGUCCCGGUCCGAUGGGUCCAUCCCGUUUGGAGCUGUCGAAGCCACUGAUCGCAGCAGUCAGCGGCUUUGCUGUGGCUGGAGGGCUUGAGCUUGCUCUGCUGGCAGAUCUGAGAGUGGUGGAGGAGAGCGCCGUCAUGGGCGUGUUCUGUCGCAGGUUUGGAGUUCCCCUGAUUGACGGAGGCACAGUGCGGCUCCCUCGUCUCAUUGGUCUAUCGCGAGCCCUCGACCUGAUUCUGACCGGAAGGCCAAUCGGAGCACAGGAGGCUCUUGCCUACGGACUGGCUAACCGAGUUGUUCCUGAUGGACAAGCUUUACACACAGCCCUGCAGUUAGCAGAGCAGAUCAGCUCCUUCCCUCAGAUGUGUCUGCGGGCCGACCGCUCCUCAGCCAUGUACAGCUGUUACGACGCUCCGUCCUUCACACAGGCCAUGCAGUACGAGAUCGACCACGGAGUUCCUGUCAUCCAAUCAGAAUCUGUCGCCGGUGCAACCGUGUUCGCUACUGGAGCAGGAAGAGGAGGGAAAUUCUCCUAGGAUGUAAUUUGCAGACGCCUCGUGAAAUGUGAUUUUACAGGAAGGCCGCAACCACAAAACUAAUCCAACACAAAAGACUAAGAAGGCUUCAAAAGCAUGAAACGUGCUGCAGCUUGCCAUUGUUCCUUUGACUUGAACAACUCUUGAUUACUGGGAUAAAACGUGUUUGUGUAUGUGUGUGUGUGUGCGCGUGUGUGUGCGUGUGUGUGUGUGCAUACGACCUAGUAACUACAGCAAUAUACUGUAAUUAUUGCAGAAGAUUCAGCACUUUUUGUCAGAUCAGUGCCAGGUGUAAGCAUUCCUCUGGUUUUGGAGCACACUUCCCCUUAAUUUUGCGUUUUUGGACGGACGUGUG